AUGACAAGUGAUGGAUGUGGGAUGAAUGGGCUAGGCACCGAUAAUGGGGGAGGAAAUGAUACAGCUAUGCUGGAUGACAUGGCCGGCUCGUCUCUUCUAAACAAAGACGGAUAUGAAAAUAAACGCAGACGACGAGACGACGAUAUGGACGAGCAUGACGAGGAGCAGCUUGCAGACCCUAAGCAGGUGUUAGCAGUGCUAAUACACAAAGAAGAAGACUGCAGGAUUGAGCUUCUGGGUAAUAAUGCUGAGGCUAGGGAUGUCGACGGGGUUGGUGCCAACGGCAGUGGCCGGUACGAGAAAACGGUGGCAGAUGUAGAAGCCGGCGAUGAUAUCGACGAAACACCUCUACACCUUUCAGAUCAUACAACAGACUUCCAAAGGGAUAAAAGACCCGAAGAUGCGGCGGAUCAAGACCCUUUGGCCAAGGAGAGGACAGCUGGCCAGAUACCGGGGCCUGGGACGGCCGAUGCCACGCCUUCAAACGGGAAUAAUAAAGACCGCUCAUAUAUCUCGCUGCAACCACCGAACGCAAACAGUACUGAGAAAGACAAGAACAAGGACAAGAUUCCGAGACUCUCUCCAGCGAAAUUACAGGACCUAACAUCUUCCCCGGAGUCUGCGUGUCUGCGCAAAGUUAACUCCGAUGAGCAGGUAUCUAUGCAGAAGCAGCCAGCUGAUAAUGCCUCGCCCAUCGAGAUCGAACCCGAGGAAUUAACGGCUACUCUCUUAUCCUUGAAGGAAGAAGAGGAGCUCAAUGAUGCAGAUAUAGCUAUCAGGUCCGGAUCUAGCUCAAACGGGACGACGUUGAGAGAGCGCAAUAGAAGCCGUGCUCGAAGCCGUCGGUCCAGCUCCAGCAAGAAACAUGUCCAGCUUCAGGAUCCGCUGGAAUUCCAUGGACGCUGCGUCAAUAGCGACCCAACUCAGCCGUUGCCGACGUCCUUUCGUCCUCGAACCAAGACACCGUCUGCCGCCGUCCAGCUGCCCCCAGAUGGAAGUGCUCGCCCAUCACAUAACAACUCGACCAACCGUUCGAGGCGACUGCCAUCACCCUUCGGUCUAAAUACUGGCACACGGCCGGAACGCUCAGUACGGUCAUCAGGAGCAAACAGAAGCGUAUCUCCUGUCCCCGCAUCUAUUCCAAUCCCGCCAUUCUCUAUACCUACAUACCUGCAGCUUGAACUGUCCUCCCACCGGCCAUCGUCGCUAUACAUACAUCGAUCAGGAGCGCACGAUUACCCUUACGAGAGCUCCAGAGUGAUGCUAGAGAGAUUGCAGAAUUUCUUUCUCCUUCCUCCGCUACUAGAACAGGCGUUAUGUUUUGGGACGCUUGCAUGUUUCGACUCAUGGUUGCACACUUUUACUCUCCUCCCCCUACAGUUUCUGAAGGCUGUCUUCAUCCUCCUACAGUCCUGGGUCAUUAACCUAGGGCUAGAGAUUCGAUUCGUCGCUUCAUAUAUAGUCAAUGGCCUUGGGCGAAUGUGGAAACGUCGACGAAGAAAUGACUCUGUUCGUGAUCUCACUUCUAAUGAUAAGCAAACUAACAUCAAGGAUGUAUCACCGAAUCUCAUACCCAUUGACCCGUCACCGAUCGAUGGUAGCCCUGUUCUGGAGUCAGCCUCAGGGUCGGACGCACAUCGUCGACGUCGUGGAUCUACGACUAGGCGGCACCGAAGGUCGAAAUCCAUACCGUCUACAUUACUCGCCAACGACAAAGCAGAUAUCCUCAAGGGGCUCUUGAUGAUAUUCACAUGCACUAUUCUGAUGUAUUUUGACGCCAGUCGUAUGUACCACUGGAUCAGGGGGCAGGCCGCUAUAAAACUCUAUGUUAUCUAUAACGUCCUCGAGGUUGGAGAUCGACUACUUUCAGCCAUUGGGCAAGACGUCCUUGAGUGUCUUUUCUCUCAAGAAGCGUUGGAACGCAGACCGGACGGUCGAAAUUCGAGAAGGAAAACCUGUUUCCAACUUACCUGUGCGGAUGUCGUCGAGCGAUUCCAGCUAUGGCUCAUGCUGAUCAUUAUCGCAUCCCGAAAUUUUAUUGAAACGGGUGGCUUCAAACUCGGUGAUACCCUGACUUUCCAAAGCGUUGCAGCAACUAGCACUAACAGCACAACCGCCUUUCGGCCAUCCACGUCCAUUCUUCCCCAGUCCUUCACCCUACUUAUCCCGUCGUCUGUAUUCCUCUCCCUGAGCAGCGUCAAUUCCAUCCUCCCUGCAAUCGGUCAUCUCCUUGCUCCUUUCCUUGUUGUUCUUGGCUCCGAAAUGGUCGUCGAUUGGCUCAAACAUGCAUAUAUUAGCAAAUUCAACAACCUAAAGCCAGCAAUGUAUGGCAGGUUUCUGGAUAUUCUCGCCAAAGAUUAUUACAGCAGCGCAUUUUCUGAUCAAAAUCUUAACCGUCGCCUCGGACUCCCAGUUAUACCGCUUGCUUGUCUCUUCUUCCGUGUUUCUGUGCAGACUUAUCAGAUGUUUUUGACUGCCUGGCUACCGCAGCUAUCUUCUUCUCCAUUCUACCCAUCACCUUCAAAUGCAACAUCUCUAUCCGAGAUACACAGCCACUACGCCCUUAGUUCGGAUUCUUCAUCCUCAAUAUUCUCCAACUUUUCCAACUCUUCUCCUUCUACUCUCCUAGCUUCCGUCUCACUAUCAUCAAUUGCGCAAGCAGCUUCCUCCAUUUUCCAGAUGUUCGUAUCCUACGCAACUCCUUCCCCCGCCUCUUUCGUCCCUAUAUUCACUGUGAUCCUUGUCCUACUCCUCUACAUCACCUUGCUCCUUGCAAAGCUAGUUCUCGGAAUGAUCCUUCUUGGCUAUUCCCGCACACGAUACAAGAAUAUGAAAUAUCGGGAACGAGAGUAUGCAGCGCAACAGAAACGGGAACAGCGGCGCCAGCAACAGCAGCAACGAUAUGGAAGCUCGGUUUCCCCCCUACCUCCGGGGUCAGCCUUGACUGUGCCAUCGUCUGUGGCUAUGGACAUGUCACUAUCUAACAGUGGUAGCAACAGCAACAGCAACAGCAACAGCGAUAUGAUAGAAGGCGGUCGGCGUGGCGGUGGCUGGGGUGCAGUUGAAGUUGGAGAGGAUAAACGAAGGUGGAUAUAUGUCGAUGACCCGGAAGGGCUGCGGAGAGUACGAGAUCGAGAGGAAAAAAGUAAGAACGGAAAGGCAAGUGGGUCUGGCAGCGGCGCCCAUGGCCUCGAAAAUGUAAAGAGAUAUGAAAUGGCUGCGAAGAGAAUUUGGUGA